AUUUUAAGACAUCAAACAAAACUAAGCUAAAAAAGGCCCAAUUCUGAUUUUCAAGAAAUAUAAAGAGAACCAAAAUAAAAAUAACUGAGCUGUCACUGGCUCAUUGUGAUCACCAUGGUAACCACACACUUGUGUCUGUCACUCCCUGACUGCCAAGGUGCAGAAAAUAAAGCUCAAACAAGCAGUCACUGCUGGAGAACUAGAAGUCUGAUCUUAAAAAAUGAUUUAAAAUGUGAGCAGCAGAAGACUGAUUGAAUGAAGGAUUGAGUGAAUUUGUUUCCACAAUUUUUUUUUAUGUAGGACAUGACAAGUUAAAACACACUUUCAGAUAAAAAAAAAAUAACAUAAUCUAAGAAUAAAAGUAAGGGAAUUUGUGUUUUAUAGAUUAUUUCUUUGUUGUAAUAACGUUUCUCGACAAAUAUGGUUGGGCAGCUUGUUAAUUUCCCUUUUAAAUGGGGCCACAUUUGCAAGGAACGUGCAUUUGUGGGAUGAGCAGUAGAGUAUGUGGGUUGCACAGAUUUUGCCAAAUCUUUGCCAAGCAGCUUUUUUUUUGUCGUUGUUAUUGGUACUUGUUUCAUGCUUCUGGUACCUUCAGGUGCCCGCUAUAAGAUUUAUUGCCAAGAAGCAUUGUUAGAACAAAUCUAACAAACAAAAAUUUCCUUACUUUUUGUGCUAAGUAUAAAAGUAUAAAAUACCUUUUUCCUACGUUCUUUUCAAAAUAGUUUGAUUUCAGUGCGACUUUUAUUCCCUCUGCUGUAAACACUGAAACGGGGUAGUGGUGGUGGUCCUGAGUCACAUGGACUGACUUGCUCAGACCUCACACACCGAGCCUUUUGUCAGAGCCUGGAUCCAAGAGGUGACAUCAGGGUCUGUGCUUGGAGGGAAGAGGACUGAACCCAAGUGGUUCUGAUUUAUCCACAAAGGAGCAACGAAACAACAUGAAAAUGAGGGUCAAAGCUGCGAUGAUCCCUGUGGUUCUUCUCAGUGCAGCUGUCUGGUCUUUGACUCAUUCUACAGCCACACAAGUGGGCCUGCGCAACAAAGUGCUGGUCUUCCCCUUYGAGACGGACUUCAGCUACGUGGCCCUGGUCCCUCAGAAGGACAUGGCUCUCCAGGCCUUCACUCUCUGCCUGCGUGUGGCCACCGAGCUGCCAGAGGAACGGCAGAUCAUCCUGUUCGCCUACCGCACGUCCGACUACGACGAGCUGAACGUGUGGCGCGAGAAAGACGGUCGYGUCUCCUUCUACAUGAGCGGCGACGGCACCUUCUACCACCUGCCCCCCCUCAGCACCUUCCGCACCAGCCUCUGCCUCACCUGGGAGUCUCGUACCGGCCUUGCUGCUUUUUGGGUAGAGGGAAAACGGAGCACCUACCAGGUGUACAAGCCGGGUCACAGCAUCCGCCCCAAAGGCACCGUCCUCCUGGGGCAAGACCCAGACAAGCACCUGGGGGGCCUGGAGGCCACGCAGAGCUUCGUGGGAGAGCUGACCGACCUGAACAUGUGGGACUUUGUGCUUUCUAGGAGCCUGAUCCAGGCCUGGCAUUAUGGACACAAGAUUCCAAAGGGGAACAUCUUCGACUGGGCCACCAUAAAGUAUGAGCUGAGUGGGAAUGUGAUGGUGGUCGAUGAUGACUGACGUGACGUGAAGUCCAGCGCAGACAGAGGUCAGGCUGUAGAGGUGAGUGUUGGACUGAUACUCGUGUUCUCCUCUUUUAGAUUCAUAGUCGUGGGAACCUGUUUCAGCUGGGGGGUGAUGUGAGCACACGUUUGUGAUGGAAAUAUCCACCUUAUUUACACGGAUGUAAACAUGGGUCCAAACAUCCAUUUUUUUUGUGCAACACUUCCGUUUCACUGCUUCCAUGGGUUAACUAAUAGCAGCUUAACUAAAUUGGUGAACUAUGUUGUGGAAACUUUCCCAAAGAUCGCUGAACAAUCGAAAUGUGAAGUCAGUGCCAGACCCUCAAAMUAUUCUCCAGUUUGAAGUUGAUAUGGAAAAAAUGGCCUCSUGUAACRUAUAAGAACAUUUUUAACUAUUGUGUUGGUGCAGAUGGGUCUACAAUGUGCAAUCACAAAAUUACAGAKGCUUAUCAGUACCUCCACAGUAGAAUAUAGCAGUAUUGAUGACCUGSCAUAAAGGCUAAUGUCCAACCAAGUCAAUGCAAGUCUAAUGUUCAUUCUGCAUGGACCCGCUUUACAUCAACCGUCACUACUGAGACGGCCAGGUGCUCCUGUGUCGCGGGUCAGGGGAAGUCYUGCAGUCACGCAGCAGUGAUCUUAUGGAAUGUAGGCUAAUGAAUUUUCUGUUCAGCUCCAUAACAUACUGGAAGUCUUGCACAAAAAAACAACAAUUGACUGUGUCUGUAUCCCCGUGAAAAAAAAGGUGGAUAGAUCAGAUUGGUAAACUUCAUAUCAAAAUACAUUUGGAGUUGAAAAUACACGAGGCACUGAUAAAAACAGUUUUGGUUUAAACUAAGUUUGGAUGUGCACUUUCUCUGGCAUCCACUAAGGGGUGCUAUAGCACCCUCAGCACCCCCACUUCCCAUGGCCUUGCAUCAAACAGAAUCUGUUAGAAGUUAGAAGUUAGAAGAGAUGAAAGCAGCCUAUCCUGGCUGAAUAUACUUUAUUUCUUUUUUUAUUUUUUGGUCUGCAACAAAACACUUGAAACAAAAGUCACGACUUCUCACUGUUUGAGUCACCCAGACCUUCAGCUAAACAGGUAGCAGUGUUUAUUGUUCUCUUCUCUGCUUUUAAUUUUGUGUCUCAAAGCUUUAACUGUCAGAUUGUGUUUGUAAAAGUUUGAAAACAUUUUUGUCAGAAUUAAAAGUUGAGCUAAUGGUUUAAUUAGACGUGUUGUAUUAACAAAUGAAAUAAAUGGUGUUUUUUGUUUGAUUCAUUUGAUCCAUACAUGAGGUUUAGGUUUUUGUACUCCCACAAAGCACAAGUAAAAAAUUUUCGAACAAGAACUUAAAGGGUAAUACUACUUACUAUUGUAAAAAAAUAACAUUUACAAGCCAUAAAAAUCACAUAAUUGAGCGGAUCUAAGAACUUUAUCAGUCAGUUUUGCCACAUUUGUUAUCUUGACUUGUAAAAUAACCAAAAAUAAGAAGUAUAUUUUACAUAAAAUAUUUUACAAUUUAUUUCUUUUGGAGUUCUAGGUGAAUAUAAGUGAAUAUUAAUAGUUUAAAUGUCAGAUAGAACCACAGAGGGGCACUCUUUACUUGACUAUAAACAGCCAAGCUGAACUGCAUUCACAAAUGUGAUUUGACACGAAGAACUCCUUAAAGGUGAAGAAUACAUUUUAUUAGGAUUAUGUCUGAUUUUAUUUUAAUCUGUAAUUAUUUGCCCACUGUACAAAUAAAGAAUAAAAAUACGAAGUAAUUUAUUACUAUUCAUUAAUUUAUAUUUUAGUUGUUAACAGCCAUGAGGAAGCUUGUAAUUAAAAUAAGGAGUAACAACAAAGCCACUAAAUUUAAACGUUUAUUACAUAUAAAAUUAACCAUAAUAAAUUAAUAUCUGGAUAUAAUUGUCAGAAUUAAAAGAACGUGGAAACAGCAAAGAGGAACAUCACAUUUUUAAAGURCUGUGAGUGUGAAGGCAACGCUCCUGUUCAAACCUUUUGGUAAACACUCAUUCAUGUCUGAACUGAUGUAAGAGAGCUUCUGGAUUUGAAAUAAAAUCUCACCAUGUGCCUCUAAUACAGUUUGUUAUUAAAGAGAUUUUCAGACCUUUA